ACCGGCCCUAUGCAUAUUCCUGAUACAAGUGAAUCAUCUACAUUGAGAAGUAGUAACUAGUAAGUGAUCUAGUUAGGUGAUCAGGAUGAAAAAUUGCGUGAGACAUUCUCUUGCAUGCUUCGCCAUACCCAUCUUGCUUAUAAAGAGUUUGUCAUUUCAAAAUUUUCAACCAAUAUAUGAUUUUAAGCAAGAGAAUUUGUCCAUUGUCCUCAAUGUAGUUUUCUUGUUAGGUAUUCAGAAAUGAAGACCCCUUGUCAAAGUUAAUACAUCACAAGAAAGCUUUGUGGGGGCAACAUUAUAUGUAUCUUAAUUAAAAAAAUCAGAACGAAUAAAUUCUCUUACAAUAUGAAUCUACCAACGAACUCCUUCAUAACAACCCUUUGUGUAUUGGUUUAGAUAAAGGAAAAGUAAAGAUUCUUACUUACCUUACACAGCAAAAUUUUCUCCAUGAAGCUAAACAACCACCAAAGUAACCUCCAGCACAAACCUACAGUUAGCUUGUGUCACAAGUUUAAAACCCAGAUUCACAAUAUAUACAUAGUUAGGAUUCACAAAUCGAUAUGACCAAAAAUUUGAUAUGGAGUUCCAUACAUUUUCCAACGAAAUUGUAUUCUUCGAUCUAGAAACAAACGUACCAAACAAAACAGGACAGCAUUUUCACAUCCUCGAGUUUGGUGCGAUCAUCGUAUGUCCAAGAACACUCGAGGAGGUAGAGAGAUUCACAACGCUUAUACAACCCAAAGACCUUUCGGUGGCUUCGUUGAGGUCGUCUAGGUCAGACGGGAUCACGAGGGAUAAGGUCGCGGAUGCACCAAGUUUCGAAGAUGUGGCUGAGAAGAUCUAUGGUCUAUUGAACGGUCGGAUUUGGGCAGGUCAUAACAUUAGAAGGUUUGACUGCGUUAGGAUUAAGGAAGCCUUUGCUGAGAUUGGUAAAGCUGCGCCUGAGCCCUCAGGGAUCAUUGAUUCUUUGGGGUUAUUAAGCGACAAGUUUGGCAAAAGAGCUGGUAACAUGAAGAUGGCAAGUUUGGCUGCGUAUUUUGGUCUUGGAGUGCAAAAACACAGGAGUCUUGAUGAUGUUCGAAUGAAUUUAGAGGUCCUCAAGCAUUGUGCAACAGUGCUUUUCUUGGAAUCUACACUUCCCAAUCAAUUGGAAGGAAAAUUGGAAAGUUCUUCAAAAAUAAUGACAAGAAGUCGAAGUAGUUACCAAACAGCCCAAAGGGCAAUGCCUUACUCCAAGGGUAGUCUCGUGAAGAUGACACAUAAUGUGAAGGAUCUCCUAAGCAAAGCUCAAGGCAACCAAGCUCUUCAAAGCUUGAUUAAACAUUCUCAUUCUUUGCUUAGAUGAUUACUGCACCCCUUAGUGAUUAUUAUUAUUUUUCUAAUUUGGAAAAUAAAUUCAAUUGUAUAUGUUGCACAUUUGUAUUUACGUUAUCCACUAUAUUGCCAGAAGUUCAGUAGAAAACUAUUAAUUUUGUGUUUCCCA